UGUCGUCACGUUGUUUUGUAUGUCGCGUGGGAUUUAUCAGGAAAGUCGAUGAAUCUACCGCUUCUGUUAAGAAAUACUCAUGGAAGAGACUGCGAACACAGAUCUCCUCUUUCUCGAGCUCAGACAGAAGCUGCAAAGCGGCCUUUUGUUCAUUGGCAGUGACGUCAUCGGUGAUGGUGCAGAUGUGAAGAUCGAAUCCAAGCCAGAGUCCAUCCUGAACAUCCAGACUCGUGACAGGAGCUUUGAAGUGACCCUCGCACCUGGAGUCAGUCUGGUGGAGACGCAGAAGCAGAAAAGUCCAGCAAACUCUGAACAAGGGUCCCAUUACAGACUGCGUCUGAAGGUGGAGCACCCGUCAGAUCCGUCUCUCACGAUGAUGAUGGAGGUUCAGGUUGUGAAUGUGAGUCUCUCGUGUCUCAUUAGAGCUGUCAGCGGGAUCCGCGCGGCCACAGAAAGGCCAGGCCUGCGGGCAUAA